AUGUUUACUUCUUCUGCCGCUCAAACUUCAGCCUCCUCGCGCAGCGCUAAGAUCGCCCGCCUGCAGGGUCAUCUACCCAACGCUCCGUCUCCCACACUGCUCCCAAACUCCCUCUCGCUCGACAUACUCCCUCCAAGUCCUUCAUGGGAGGGACGCUUCCCUUGCCUCUCCGAUGAUUCACUCUUCCUCGAGACCUGCCCUGGGUUUCCCUUCCCUGACCCGCUCUUCCCUGCCGAAUAUGCAUACGAUGCUCUCCAUCCACUCCUCCCCGCUCACUCCGUGCCCCUGGGCGAGGCUUCUACCACGCAUAUAUGCGCGAUGAUUUCCCGUGACGCGAAAAGGGACUUCGACAGGCGGCAGACGCCCUUGUCCGAUCGCGGCCCGUCUCGUCCUUCUCGCCGCGCAUAUACUCCUUCCACUCGGAUGUGCCCCAAGCCUGAUGCGGCGAAGGAGACCACCCGGGUGCAGCGCAUCCAGUCAGGUCGCGCAUACUCGGGAGAAUAA